CUUCGACGGCAAACGCAGUACUGUGUAGAAAUAGUGACCUACAAGUUCCAUCAGUACCAGGUUGUUGGGAGAGCUUUGCCUACUGAAACAGAUGAACAUCCCAAGAUUUAUCGUAUGAAGUUGUGGGCUACCAAUGAAGUUCGUGCUAAGUCCAAAUUCUGGUAUUUCUUGAGGAAGCUUAAGAAGGUGAAGAAGAGCAAUGGUCAGAUGCUAGCUAUUAAUGAGAUCUUUGAGAAGAACCCAACAACAAUCAAGAAUUACGGUAUUUGGCUACGUUACCAAAGUAGAACUGGAUAUCACAACAUGUACAAGGAGCAGAUGUACACUGAGAUGGCUUCUCGCCACAGAGUUCGCCAUCACUGCAUCCAGAUCAUAAAGACGGCCACCAUUCCAACUAAGCUCUGCAAGAGGGAGAGCACAAAGCAGUUCCAUAACUCCAAGAUCAAGUUCCCCUUGGUGUUACAGAAGGUCAGGCCACCGUCUAGGAAACGCAAGACCACAUACAAGGCUACUAGGCCCAACUUGUUCAUGUAACAUGUUUGGUCAUAUUUGCAGUGAGAAGCAACUUCAGAUUUCUGCAAUUUUGGUGCUUUAGUUGAGUUGAUUUAAGAUUCAUUGUGUAAGAGAGAAGUGAAACCUUUUUGUUCUGAUGGUGGUUAUUAGAAUAUUUUUAAGCAAAAAAAAA